GCUUUGGAACGCUAUCCGUAUCAACCAAUCCAAACGCGUCCAGGUCGGGGUCAACGGCUGCUCUUUCUAGCUAAGUAGGUCGACCCCAUUUAAGCCUCAGUCCCGGUUAGCGUCUCUCUGACUGAGAGGAAACUUCUUUCAGUCUCGAGUAGGUCUGACCUGCCUCUUUGUUGGCUACGCAGUCUCAGAAGCCUGCCCAUUUACUUUGCAAACCGGACAGUGUUGGCGCCCCAACAACUUCAGCGAGAACACUUGGUGGCAUAAUAUUGGAGUGUGGAUUAAAAUUCUCUGGAGUGGGUGGAGCAGCUUCUACAACAUCUACUACAACUUCCACAACUACCACCACCACUGUUACCACCAACACUACUACCACACUUACCAGUGGCUUUAAUCUGAAUCUAAGAUCACUGACAUCAACUGGGAUUAAUAACACUGAUCUAGUCAGUGUUUCUUCUGUACCUCUUACUUCAACUGUUAAUUCAGUAGUAACUCCUGUGAUGACUUAUGGUCAGCUGGAUGGGCUGAUAAACAAGUGGAGCCUUGAGGUAGAGGAUCAAGAGAAACUCUUUUUACAUCAGGCCACUCAGGUCAAUGCUUGGGAUCAUAUACUGAUUAAGAAUGGUGAGAAGAUUACUGCUUUACAUAGAGAAGUAGAAAAAGUGAAGCUUGAUCAAAAAAGGUUGGGUCAAGAAUUAUAUUUUAUCUUGUCUCAGAAGAAAGAAUCAGAAGAUAUACUGACUCCUGCAGAAGAAUCUGUGGACAAGAGUGGGCCUGUUUAUCUGUUGCAUGCAGAUGAGAAGCAGGAGAGGACGCAUGAUGCAAAAGAAGGUAGAAGAGGUAAAGGUUUUUGAAGACUGUCAUCGCAGGGAGCAGCAACAAAAUACGAAGAUUUCCUUUGAUUAAAUGACUGUGUCUUUAGCAUACUGUUUUGGGAUUAUUCAUUACCUAUAUAUUCUGAUGGUGUUAAACAGAGUAGUAUUUACAGUUACUACUCAAUCUUUGGUUGAAAUAAAGUGUGCAUGCAUUUUUUCCAUUUAAAUACUGUGCUAUUGCAAAUUAUACUGUAGUUUUGGUUUCAAAAUUAAAUAAAAGUUACUGCUAGUCCCUUUGUCCAGGCAGCAAUCUAUUGGAUGUUUACUCUAUAUGUGUAAUGUAUAUCAUACCCUCCUAUAUUUCACAUCUUACCACCAAUUCACAUAUUCCCUCUCACUCCAACUUAAUUGUGGAGAGAUGUUUGCCAAAAAGUACAUGCCAACCAGUCUUUACUGUGUGGAUGUUAGAUUCAAUGUAAAGUGCUCGAUACUGUAAAGUCUCUACCUUCAAUAAAACUUACCAUCUAGUUUGACUUAUAAUUAAUUCCUAUUUGUAUAAAAAUGACAUAAACAAUACAAGGGUAUGUGUUAUGUACUACAAAAGAUGUGUUAUAGAAAUUCAGAGGAGUGAAGAGGGUGAAUUUAGAAUUUGAACUAGGGUUUUUGUUCUUGUUUUUGAUUUUGGUCUGGUUUGGUUUGGUUUUUGGUACUGAGGAUCAUACCCAGGUCCUCACAAAUGAUGGACAAACACUGUACCACUGGGCUAUACCCCUGGCCCACAAUUGGGUUAUUUUAAAAAGAAUAGGUUCAGGGAAUUCACUUUUUUUUAUUGUAAGAUAUCUAAUGGUUUUUUGGCUUUAUCAUAUGAUACGUGAUUUUUGUUGAUUUUCAUGUAUUCACUUGUCAAGAAAAUACUUUGUUCUUAGUUAAGCAUUCAAAUCUCUCGUGUUCCACUUAAGUCAUCAAUAAAACUGAUGUUUAAAAAAUAAAAGCAUGAUAUCAAAAUAAACUUCUUAAAAUUUUUAA